ACGGCGAGGUUGGUAGACCUGCGCAGUCGUGACAGGUACGUGGUCUGUAACGUCUCUUCGCACGCUGUUUAAAUGCCACGUUUUACACGCAUAAGGCUGUUCCGACACGUUACGCACGAGUUCGGAGUUUAAACAGUAAACAUAGUGCUGAAAACACGCGCAGACUGGUUUGACUCGUGGAUUUUAAUGGGAGACUAGUCCCAUACAUGCGCUGUUUGGAAGAACAGUCGGCGAGGGCAGAACAUCAUGCUUUGAAUGUCUCCUGUUGCACAUCUGAGGAGACGAUGGCAGGAACAGGGGGCUCGACGGAUGGCGGUACCACCAGCCUCCCGGGCAGCGAAGAGGAUGCGGCCGACGGUGGAGCUGAGAGGCGAGGACUGUCUGCUGACAAGCAGGAGCUGCUGGAGCGCUGUCUGGACAUGCUCACCCAGGCCCAGAAUGACAGCCAGACGCUGGCCGCCCUUCUUGUGAUCACACGGCUGUGUCCAGCCAACCAGUUGGACAGAGCCACGCUCCAGCGCCUGUUCGACGCGGUUGGCUUGGCUCUUCCUGCUCGCCUGCUCAUGACAGCCAUGCAGACCAGUGCCGGGUCGGCUCUGUCCCCCGAAGAUAUGCUGUCCCUGGGCUCCUCCCUUCUGUCGGCCCUGAGCAGCGUCCCCGCCAUGGCGGCCCAUCCCCAGCUCCUCAGGACCGUCCCGCUGCUGCUGACCCUUCUGUCGGAGGGGCUCGGCCCGGCUCCUCAGAACCGGGAACCAUCCCAGGCCAAAACGGACGCAGAAGGAAAGCUAGCGCCGCAGGCACACCGCGCAGACGGGUCGGGAGAAGGGGAUUCUGCGGGCUUUGGUCUCGUCGCAAAGGCCAAAGAUGGAAAUGGAUGCCGGGAUGCGGAGGAAGGAGAGUGCGCUCAGCUGGAUGAGGUGGUGGCCAUCGACUGCUACAGCGUCCUGAGUGCUGUGUGCGCUUCGGCUCAAGGCCCCGAGAAGCUGCUGGCCCGAGGGGCGGUGCCGGCGCUCUGCAGAGCCGCAGCCCGAAAACUUCCUCAGAGCCGCCAGAUGGGAGUGCCGUUGCUGGGCCACCUGCUGUCCAGCCGCGUCGGGCCCGCGGCCUGGAGCAGACACCCGGCCGAGCUGUCCUCGCUGCUGACCGGCCUUGCCACCGACUUCUGCCAGGCGUCAGACCACAGCCGCCUCGACAUGUGCGCCCUAAUGGCGCAGUUCCUCCCCCCUUGCGACGGGGUGCCAGAGAGCGCCGAGAGAGAGCUGCAGGAGGUCGGAUCCCGACUGUGGGGCGCGCUCAGGCCCCUCGUGCAAGCCAAGAUCGCUCCAGCCCAGCUGGGAGAGGUUCUGGUGCUCUCUGCGUGCGUGUUGGACCUCUUUGGCUGGGAGCCUGUGGGUUCGCCCAAGUUCUUCCUGCUGGUGAACCGGGCCUGCGUGGAGGUGCGCAUGGCCCUGGAGGAGCCUCCGGGAACCGAGCUGUUGCCGCGGCAACGGAACACGGUCACGGCCUGCUACCGCAUCAUGGAGGCGGCCAUGGAGCAGGCGUGCCGCCCGGAGCCGGAGCCCAACUCGGCCCAGCAGAGGGCAGCCCUCACCGGGCUCAGCCUGCAGCAGAGCAGGCAGGUGCUGGGCGCCCUGGAAGAGGCCUUCUCAGCCGUCAUCUACUACCUGCAGCAGGUUGACAUAAGUCGCCACGGCGACCCCUUUGUCUUCGCCUCGUUCCGUGCUCUCUGCGCCUGGCUCGCCGAGGAGACCUCCUGUCUCCGGAAGGAGGUCACGGCCCUUCUGCCCACCCUCGUCAGCUAUGUCCGGGGGCUGCUGGAGGCGCAGGAGCCUGGCGGGGGCUUGAUCCGCUGGAUGUCGAACAUGUCGGUGGCGGACGGGCCGAGGGGCGGAGCCUGGAGGGGCGAGAACGCGCUGAGGUACCUGCUCCCAGCGCUGUGCCACCUGACUGCGGAGGAGGAGCCAAGGCGGGUGCUGCUGACGCUGGAGACCCACGCGCUGCUCGUCGAGUUCCUGGGCCGCAGCUGGCACUACAUGAAGGCGCAGGGGGGGAAGGUGGGGAGCCGUGACUCCAGCAUGGAGACUGCCUGUUCGGCGCUGCUCAACUUGGCUGUGACGGAGACCGCGCUCAUCAGGGAGGAACCGUGCUUCAGAGCUCUCCAGUCCCUGCUGAGUGACAUGCUUCCUUCGCUGCUGCACAAGCCCCGCCUCCUGGUGCUGGCAGCCAAUGUGUGCACCCUGGGGCUCAUGAUUGGCAGGACCAUACCUGUCUCUACAGGUCCCGUCGAUCCAGUGCUGCGCCGCUUCUUUUCCACGGCACUGCGCUUCCUGUCCGGGGCGCUCAGUGGGCCGGACGCGGGAGGUGGGCCGGCAAGGGUGAGCCCGGCGUGGGAGGAGUGGUGGGAUGAGACGCACCAGCUGUGGGCGCUGGGGUACCAGGCGCUAGCGGCGUGCGCGGGGGUCCAGCCCUGGGUGGUGGCUCUGGCCCGGGACGGGGGCUGGCUGGCCGAGACGCUGGCGCUCCUGAGCUCCUGCUCCGCGCUGCCACGCAGCCACAGCCAGGAGGUGCUGGAGGAGGUGCUGAUGGCGCUCGCGCACCACUGCCCGCUGUGCAGGGGGGACAUCGCGGCCUGUGUGUCGGACUGCUCUGGGGGACCCUUGCGGAGCAUGGCUCGGCUGCAGGGUUGUCUAGCAGAGUGACGCACAGACACGCACACGGAGAGUGCGGUGGCCGUCUGUCUCCGCUGGGUGUUGGUUGACACACAAAGCCACACUUAUUUUUUGUGUGUUCCCCUGCAGUUGAUUUCUCUGGGCUGUGAAACACUUUUUGUAAGAAUAAAGAUGUAUUUUCA